AUGAAACAAAAAAAACAACAGUCUACGAACAAAACGAUCGUCGUCGUCGACGCGAAGGGCCACAUGCUCGGCCGUCUCGCCUCCACCGUCGCGAAGCAGCUCUUGCAAGGCCAACACGUCGUCGUCGUGAGAGCCGAAGGGAUCUGCCUUUCCGGCGGCAUGGUUCGACGCAAACAAAAGUGGGACUACUAUAAAGUGAAGAGAAUGAGCACGAACCCGAAGAAAGGUCCGUACCACUUCACUCAACCGUCGAGAUUUUUCUGGAGAGUCGUGAGAGGUAUGUUGCCGCACAAAACUGAGAGAGGGAAAGCCGCUUUUGAAAGGUUAAAGUGCUUUGAAGGGAUCCCGGCGCCGUACGACAAGGUGAAGAGAGCGGUUGUCCCGGAGGCGUUGAAGAUUGCGAGAUUGAAUGAAGGGAGACGAUUCUGCGUGCUCGGCGAUUUGUGCGCGCAAAUUGGAUGGAAGCACAGCGAGACGGUGAAGGUUUUGGAAGCGAAGAGAGCGGAAGCUGGUAAGGAUUAUUGGGAGAAGAAGAAAGCGGCGACGGCUAAGUUUGAGGCGGCCAAAAAGGCGGCGAACGGGCAAUUGGGUGAUUUGAAGGAGUUGAUUGAACGCACUGGCUAUUAA